UAACACUGAAAUUCAAUCUUCUCUUGAUGUCGAACAGGAAUUUCUUUAUAAUUUAAAUCAAUUUUUUAUAAACCUAUUCAAUACUCAAGGUGUUACAGACAAUGGAAAAAUUUCUACAAUCUAUUGCUUAAAAAAAUAUAUAGAUGAUGUCAACAAGAAUCCAGAUGAAAUUCUUAAUCAAUAUAAUACUUAUAAGCAUAGGUAUCUUUUUACGGGUAUUAUUGGUUACUUUUAUGAAUAUAGAAUUGGAACAACUGUUGAUUACCACAAAGCGUUUGAUAUUUAUAGUCAAGCAGCUAAAGAUUUUU